AUGCCAAUUUCAGGCAGCAAUGAAGCACAUGUUGCCGUCCUCGCAUUCCCAUUUGGCACCCACGCUGCACCGCUUCUCAGCCUCGUUUGCCGGCUAGCCGCUGGCGCACCGGAUGUCAGGUUCUCCUUCCUCAACACUGCAAAGUCCAAUGACAAAGUCUUCUCCAGGAUCAAAGUUGGUGACCAUGCCAACAUCACACCAUGCAAUGUGAGCGAUGGCAUCCCCCAAGGCCACAUCUUCUCCUGCAACCCUUUGGAAAGCGUGAUGCUUUUCAUCGAGGCAAUGCCGGAAAACUUCAAAGAUGGAGUAGAAGAGGCUGUGGCCAAAUCUGGCAUGAAGAUCACCUGCUUGUUGACCGAUGCAUUCUUUUGGUUUGCCGGCGAUAUGGCAGCUGAAAUGGGCGUCCCUUGGGUCGCACUCUGGACGGCAGCGCCUUUCUCCAUAUCUGUUCAUCUGAACACCGAUGUCAUUCGUAGAACGUUGAUAGGUGAAACAGAAAACGCAGACCAAACUCUGGAAUUCAUCCCAGGAAUGCCAGCAGUAAAUGCCGAAGACUUACCAGAAGGCAUCGUUCAUGGAGAUCUCGAAUCCCCGUUCUCACGCAUGCUCCACAGCAUGGGACAAACGAUACCAAGAGCAGCAGCUAUCGCCCUUAACUCGUUUGAAGAAAUAGACCCCAUCAUCACCGACUAUCUCAAGUCGAAGCUGAAGCCGCUGCUCAACGUCGGCCCCUUCAAUUUAUCCUCGCCGCCGGCAUCCUUUUCGGACGAGAAUGGCUGCAUUCCAUGGUUGGACAAGCACAGAGCUUCUUCGGUGGCGUAUCUAUGCUUCGGCACCAUUCUAACACCCCCAUUGGAAGAGCUAAUGGCGUUGGCAGAGGCACUAGAAUCCAAAAAUGUUCCAUUUCUUUGGUCUUUGAGGGAAAAUUCCAGACUGCAUCUCCCGGAAGAAUUCCUUACAAGGACAAGAAAUCUUGGGAAGGUGGUGCCAUGGAGCCCGCAAUUGCAGGUCUUGGAGCACUCGUCGGUGGGAGUUUUCGUGACUCACGCAGGUUGGAACUCGGUGUUGGAGAGCAUUGCCGGUGGCGUGCCGAUGAUUUGCCGGCCGUUCUUUGCUGACCAGCCACUGAACAGCAGAUUCAUAGAGGAUAUAUGGAAGAUCGGAGUGAGCGUAGAGGGUGGGGUGUUCACGAAAUUUGGAACGAUGAAGGCGUUGGAUCAGAUUUUGGGGUCAGAAGAAGGGAAGAGAGGGAGAGACAACAUUAAAAUCCUCAAACAGGCUGCAGCAAAUGCUGUCGAAUCAGAUGGGAGCUCUACUAAGAAUUUCAGAACUCUGUUGGAGUUGGUCACUGCGUGUAACUAA